AUGGACAGUGCUGAGAGAGCGCCAGAAAGAGAUUCAGAAAAGCCAGAAAAAUCAAUUUCCAAUGAAUACGCGCUUGGAGUGGCAUUUUGGAGUUUUGUAAUUUUCACAGCAACGCAAUUUUUCUUCGCAGUUAUUGCCAACAGUUCAGCGAUGAUGACUGAUUGCGAAGCUAUGAUCGUGGACAGCUUGACAUACCUGUUCAAUCUGAUUGCGGAACGGCUUAAGAGAAAUUCAUUCAGCGAAGAUGAAGCAAGUUCAAUGCAUCCGAAACUUCUUGCGUAUCGGCGAGAACGACUUCGGUUGUACUUGGAAUUGUUUCCACCCUUGAUCAGCGCAACAAUACUAAUGGUUGUAACAUUUUCAGCGACUCGAGGUGCCAUCAAAUCACUUUCAAGUCCUCUGUACGAUACUGUGAACUUGGGAUUAAUGUUGGCAUUCUCUUUCGGAAACUUGCUACUCGAUGUUUUCAAUGUCGGUUGCUUUGCGAAUGCUCAUCAGGCCUAUGGUAUCAGUGAGAUGGAAAAAGAACAAAUUCACUAUUCUACCAGUAAGGAGGAGGAAGUGUCAGAAAAUGCGAAUCUUUUGCCCAAUGGUAGCCCAACGUUCGAUCUAUACGCUAUAGACGAAGAAGAACAGUCGAGAAAACCCAGGAUGGCGCUAAACCUGAAUAUGUGCAGCGCCUAUACGCAUGUCAUGGCUGAUACGCUUCGAAGUGUUGCUGUCUUGAUUGCAGCUUUCAUUGCAUUUUGCUUUGAUAGCGUGGAAGGAUCUGACGCCGAUUCCUACGCCACUCUUGCUGUUUCUGUCAUCAUCCUCUUCAGCCUUUUGCCACUGUUGCAUGGACUCUUUGCUACACUCCGCCGAAUCAUAAAUUUGAGAUCUGAAUACCCAGUCCUUGAUGUUUAG